CUCAGUCAAGUGGACACAGUGGUCUCAUACAGAUGUGCAGAGACACUGGACUGUAGAUGAUGGAGCUCCAACCUUCAGCAGCUGCACUAACUGCUGUGAUACUGACACUCAUCUACUCAUCCACUGCAGACUCUGUGAGGCUUGUGGAUGGAGCUGGACGCUGCUCUGGGAGACUUGAGGUGAAGGCCCAUCAGUCCUGGACCACAGUAUGUGAGGCUAGCUUUGACUUGCAGGAUGCAGAGGUAGUCUGUAGAGAGCUGGACUGUGGACCUCCACUAACUCUACAGGGGGCACUCUAUGGAGAAGGUAAACACCCGUUUGGGAACAAAGAGUUCCAGUGUAAAGGCACAGAGAACCGUCUCCUUACCUGUAGCACCUCAGACAGAGAGGAGCAGAACUGCACACAUGGCAAAGCUGUUGGACUCACCUGUUCAGGGAGGGGCUGUCAAACUGUGUAGGCAGGUGAUCCAAUGAUGGGAUGGGAGGACUGGAGGAGCUGGGGCAAGGGUGCUGCAGAGCACAGGCUUCAUACAUGAAAUGUGAGGUUAAUGCGCAUGGAACACAGAAGAAGCAGCCAGUAGGAAGCAUCUCAAAUGGGCCAAGCUUCCGGGCCUCCACUUAUAGUGGGAGGUCUUUGGUGGAGAGCCAGAACCUCUUUCCUGGCCUAAAUGUGGGUCUGCCUCCUCAAGUCACUCCAUGUUUCUGGACCACAGGGCCAGCCUAUAGAGCUUUCUGGGCUCUCUGCGGCACACUCUGCGGCAGUGUUGUACAAAAUGUACCAGUAAAGGGACUCCCACACCUGCCUCCUGGUCAGGGAACAUAGGAGGAGCAUAGCCAAAGUGACACUCAAGGGGAGACAUACCUAAGGAGGAGUGCCAUAGAGUAUUGUGGGCAUACUCUGCCCAGAUAAGGUGCUAAGACCAGGAGGAGUAGUUGGAUGAGGCCAGAUAGUGCAGGGUUUCUUUGGGGUCCUGACUGUCAGGGGAAGCCGGUCAGACACUGUGUCCAAUGGUAACCCAUGGAUCUAAACUACAUGGUGGAGGAGUAGUCUUGCACUUUCCUUAGCUGAGGAGAGGGGAGUGCAAUAAAUUUGCAGGCCUGGGUGAACCGGUCAACUACCACCAUUAACAUAGAGCUGCCUUGGAAUGCAGGCAACCCUGUAGCAAAGUUCAUUGAGAGAUGGGAACACAGAUGUGAAGAAAGAGGCAGCAAACCUAUCGUUCUCACCCAAGGCUUCUUGUUGCGGGCACAGAGUUGGCAGACACUUGCUGUUCCAAGCGAAGCCACCAAAACCACCAGGAACUCUGGUGCGUGUAACCAUUCAAUGGUUAUGCGAAUGGCGAGGCAUACCCCCACUGAAGGACCUGGGUCCUAACUGAACCACCUCGGUCUUGGCCUGGCCCUCUGAAACAAUGAAACCCAAGAAAGCUACCGAUCGUGCAUAGAAAAGAGAUUCUGCAAUUGAAUAUGAAGUUGUUUUUCCAAGAGCAGCUGGAGAAUCCUUCCGACCUGUGCAACUGAAGAUAAGGAUAUCAUCCAAGUACACAAACACACAGCACUCAAGGGCUUCCCUGAGGAUCUCAUUGUUGUAAUGCUGGGUCAUUCAUCAAGAUUAAAGGCAUUACAAGGUACUCAUACUGGCUUGAUGGAGCGAUGAAAUGCAUGUUCCAUUCAUCACCCUGUCUAAACCAGAUAAGGUUGCAUGCGCUGUGCUGGUCCAGCUUAAUACAAAUAGACAACUGCUGCAGCACCCCAGAGGUGGUUUUCAUGGGGGUAGGGGGUAGUCCCCAUUAGUCUAGUAAUGAUGUGUAGGGCUGUAUGAAACCUCCUGACUAUACUCCUCCAUGGCCUUCUUCUCUGGGCCUGACCAAGGGAACAGAUUGCCUUGGGGAGAACUAGUUCCAGAGAGGAGAUCACUGGCGCAAUCAAAUGUUCGAUGAGCUUGGUUGGAGGGCUAAAGACACACCUCCUUGGCACUGGGGUCCUCAGGCUGCCACAGACUGAGAUAACCAGUUGAUACAGGGGUUGCGACGCUGCAACCAGAGGAAACCCAGCUCAAGCUGCAGUUCGGGAGCAUUUAUAAGGAACAAAGAAACUUGUUUUGAAUGCUGCCUGAUCCACAGCGGGAUGGUCUGUGUCUGCUGGGAGACUGCUGCUGGUUCCAAGGACCGCCUAUCAAUAGCCGACAGGCAUAGGAUUGUCCAAAGAGAUAAUGGGUAGGCCUAGGGUUUUAGCAAGGGCCAUGUUGGUCAAAUUCCCUGCAGCCCUUAAGUCAGCAAAAGCUCUGAGAUGUUCUUCCCGCUGGUUUCCCCAGGAGACAGAGAUGUUCAGGAACACCCCAGAUCUUAGGGGAGGGGAGGCCUCCCAUCCCAUGCCUGACCGGGGCUUUUCCCUGGAGCUCAAGGCAUGAGGCACACAGAUGAUCAGACAGACCACAAUACAAACACCGGAUUUCUCUUUUACAUGUCUCCAGUUCUCCAAUGCUAAGUCUAGCUGCCCUGGCUUGAACUCGACCAGGUUUGGUAGGUAGGUUGUGGAAGGUGGAACGGAGAUACCACCCAUAGAACACUGGGAGCAGAUGGCCUCCGGCAGAACUCCCAUAACCACAAGAAGAGGUUAAUGAGAAUCUCUAGAGACAAAGAAGCAUCUCUAGGAGCUCUUCAUUGAGCUCCUCACUCAGGCCUUGAUGGUAGGCAGUCUAAGUGUGGCUGUAUUCCAGUUACUCUCAGCCACUAGAGUAUAGAACUCAGUAGCAUAGUCCAGCACUGAUGUCCUUCCCUAGCAUGUGCAAAGGAGGUGGGGACCAAACUCACGUACACAGACCGGGUUGUCGAAUGUACAGUGCAAUGCGAUCAUAAGUGAUUCAGCAGAGACACAGACGUUAGUUUGGUUCUCCCACACAGGUAUUGGAAAACUACAAUUCCCACCAAAUUCACUAAGGCAAGAUGGAGAACAAAGGACUGCCAGGGAAGUUUCUUCACACAGUUGUUUUUUUUUUCUGUUCCUUUUGAGCUGAUUGGUUAUUGGUCUCUCUUUUUUUUGUCGAGAGCACACUCUAGCACACUCUA